AUAUUCCUUGACGCAUUUUAUAGCGAGUUUUAUUUUUAUUGAGGAUCGCAGCGAGCGGCUCCGCGGCAUGUGGUGUAAUAGAGCACGAGUGGCGUGCGCUGGCGCAGUGCCCGCCAGUGCCCGGACCGCGGCCCACCGCCGCCUGCGCCGCGUCGAGACUCGAGACUCCACCCUCACUACACCUGAAAUCCGCAUACCGCUACUAUUUUCACCGACACUUGCUCAUAAAAUCGGACGCGAUCACGGAUUCCGCAGCGUUGUAUAAUAAAACUUGUACUUUCACUGGCCGGGCGGUGUUAUUGUGUUUAUGCGCUUGGAAAGCCUAAGGAAUAGUGGACAGCGGCCGAUUUAGGUCGCCCGGUUCAGUGCUAGCAGCGGGAUAUUUUUAUUGCCUCUGUUGGGUGCAGACGUACGCGCACCCCGAGCGUGCUUCUAGUUAAAUUCAACUUAUUAUUUAUAGAGUAGAACUAGAAACGUAAUGCUCAUUCCAUAAAUAUUGACAUAAUAUAUGUGUAUAGAUCCUGAUUUCCUACGUCGUCGGGCAAACGUGCCAAGUCCUGAGUACAGUAUGUAAGAAGAGUAUUGUGAUAAUUUUGUUCAAAAAGUGGCAUUUAGCUGAAACCUUUGUCAUUUGUGAAGUGCAUUUGUGUAGUGUGUGGUGUGAGAAGUUAGAAGAUGCAUCACUUGUACCCGCUGGCGAAGGGCGACCCGCUGUGCCCGCUGGGCUUCCACCCGCAGGUGCGGUGGCCGACGCGCUGCAAGCGCUGCUUCCGCGACUACAAGGAGCACGGCGGCGGCCGCAAGAAGGAAGACGACUUCACGGCCUCCACGCCCAGCCUCUCCUCGUGGACAUCGCCUGCCUCAAGGAGUCGAGAUGAAGAAAACGGUGCAGAAGUGGAGAAGUCAGGGCGCGGCUGGGCUUCCAGCACUAACCUCAGCGCCAUCGACCCACCCAAGAAAGACUCCUCCACGGGGUUCAGCAGAACCAGCGCAUCGUGGACGUCGACGCCGGACCUGGGGGCCAACGAGUCCGAGACGACCGCCGUCACCGUCAGCCUCAAGCUGCCCAAGCAUCGGCUCACGGGGCCUCUGCCCGCGCUGGAUACGGGGCAAAAGGAGAAUCAUACGGCAGACACAGUGACCCUGCGACGACCGUCACCCUCACCACCGCCUGUGCCGAUCGCAGCAAAUGUCACCAUCAGCAAGAAUGAUUCGCUAGCGGAACGCGUGCGGAAGAUGCAAUUAAUGAAAGCUCAAAAUAGUUUUGAAAAGGAAUCUAGUAUAGAGAAGGAACGUCAGGAAAGAGAAAGACGAAGCAUAUCCAAAAGCAGAGAAGAGGAAAAGCAAGCUCGGUUAAAAGAAGAAAGAUCAACAGCAAGGGAAGAUGUUAACUUUAUGAUGCAGGCAAAAAGUGCUCGAAGUUCUACGAAUUCCAAGCCUCCUAAACGAGGUGGUCCAUCUAGAGACAAGGAGGAUUCUGAUGACGACACCAGCACCACAUGUACAGAUACCACCAACACGACACUCGUUGAUUCAAAUGUUAAAGAGUAUCAGGAGCAAAUAGAGAGUCUGAAACAAGAACUGGAUACCGUGAAAAAAAGAUGUGAGCGUGUGGAAAAGGAAAAGAGUGACAUAUUGCUUCGGCGGCUGGCGAAUAUAGACACAGCCAACAAGUACACAACAGGCCGGUCCUCGGAGGUGUUGAAACUGCAACAAAAAGUGAACGAGCUCACGUCGCAAAAUGAAGAUCUCAAAGAUGAAAAGAAACAUUUAUCAUUACGCGUCAAAGAGGUUGAAUGUGAACUUGAGUCUAGGCCAUCAGCUGAAACUCAAACUCGUCAAAUAGAACAACUUCGUGCCAAAUUGUUAGCCGCUGAAACUCUUUGUGAAGAACUGAUGGACGAAAAUGAAGAUAUGAAAAAGGAACUGAGGGACCUUGAAGAAGAAAUUGAAGAAAUGCAGGAUAACUUUAGGGAAGAUCAAGCAGAUGAAUAUUCAUCGUUAAGAAGGGAAUUGGAGCAAACAAUAAAAAAUUGUAGAGUAUUAUCGUUUAAGUUAAAAAAGACUGAAAGAAAAGCUGAUCAACUAGAGCAGGAGAAAGCUGAUCAGGAAAAGAAACUCUUAGAAUUAGUAGGUGGACAAGAAGGGUUGAAUCGAGAAAAUCGUAUAAAGGAAUUAGAGCAGGAAGUGGCACGCUCCAAUGAAGUUGCUCUGCGGCUCCAAAGAGAGUUAGCUGACGCUAAUGCCAAGCUGGCUGCGGCGUCCGGGGCUCCACCAGCCAACCUCAAGAAAAAUCAACCACCUGCUGAUGGGCAAAAAGUAUCUCGAUCAUCACUUACCCGUGGGGGUAGUCAGGAUGACCCUGCACAGCUGCUACGCGAUCUUCAGGAUUCUCUAGAACGCGAAGCUGACCUUAGGGAACAAUUGCGUAAUGCUGAGGAAGAGGCUAAUCGAUAUCGCCAACGCUACGGAGGCAGGAGAUUACCUCCACCAUCUAAAGUUUCACACUCGCCCCAUCCCGAUUUAGUUCCCAAUUUGAACUCUGUUUACAAUGAUAAACAUCAAAUUCCUAGACAAAGUCCCAUAGGGAGAAUGCUUGAAAUGCAACAGACUUUAGAACAAAGUUUAUGUUCCUUUGAAACAACUCACUUGUCUAUCGGUAUCAACCAAAUAACUCAAUCGCCGAAUGAUCAUGUUGUAUGUUACUCGCAGGGUUGCCAAACCGAUCUCAUAAUGGUACACGAUGUAACAACAGAAACUAGGAAAAUAACUUUAGAUUCAUGUGCGCAAAGCAAUGUCGAAUCUCUAGAAAUGUACGCUCAAACGGAAAUUGUUUACAUGAAGAAUAAAAGUUUACAGACAGAUUUUAUUAGAGUAGAUUGUUUAGUCCAAACUGACAUACUGAAGCUUCGAGAUUCUAAUGUGCAAACAGCUUCUAAUCUUGUUUGUGAAGUAAGUCAACAAACUUCAAAACAGGAUAAUUUUGUGGAUGUUGCUACUGAAACAGAAAUAAGAGCUUUAUAUAACCAAGGAACGUCAACAGAUUUAGAUAAUAAAACUUACUUUGAAAACGAUGACACUAAUUCAGUAUCAAGUAAAAUAGAAAAGUCCGAUGAUAAAACAGAUAGCCCUCCCCUUUCCCCUGAUAAAGCUACAGCAGGAUCAUCGAGCCUCUUUUCAUUCCCGUUCGUUUCUCUGUUCAAUCCGUUGGCUGUCAGAGUACCAAAUAUAGCAAGAAAACUAUCACCGACUCCACCAACCAAUAGACUUUCAAUCGAAGCCCCAAAUGAGAAAGAUGAGGGAAUAUCCGAUGAGGAAGAUCCAGCUGAAUUAAGACUACUUCUCGAACUCAACGAACAAGAAGCUGCCGUUCUACGUAGAAAAGUAGAAGACUUGGAAUUAGAUCGGGAUUCGUUGAAGAAACAAGUUAAAGAACUUACUGACAAGAUUGCUAAUAGUACAACUAAGACAAACACAAAUUCUUCAGUCACAGUUAGACGAAAUGCUGCAAAGGGUAACAAUUUGGCAGAAGAAAAAGUAAAGGUAUUGGAAGAUGAAAUAGCCGAAUUAAGAAAGAAAUUGAUUGAAAAGGAGAGAGAUUGUGAAAGAUUACACGCAGAACUUAGUUUAGCACAAAAGAAACCAAAAGGUUCGCUUAUUAAGAGCAAAUCUCUCGAUGGCGCAAGUGAUCAGCAAAACGUAGAUCUUAAACGUCAGCUGCAAGUUAUUGAACAAGAGGCAAGUGUUCUGAGAUCAAAAACUCAAAGUUUAGAAGCUGAUAAUGAAAAACUACAAGCUGAAAACAAGAAGUUGCAGCUAUUAAAAGGAACAAAAACGUUGAGAACCGACAAAUCAUUGGAACAAAAUGCCAACAAAAUUACUCAACUAGAGAACGAACUAAAGGAAGCUAUGACUAAAAUCAAGGAAUUGGAAAGUAAGGAAAAAGAAGAAAAAGUUGAGAAGAAAGUAAGAUUCGGUGGAGAUGUUAAGAAAGAUGCUGACACUCUCAAGUCCAAACAAGAAGAGUUAGAAAAGUUGAAAUUGAAUUUCAGCAAGCUUGAAAAAGAAAAUGCUAAACUCCAAACAUCGUUAAAGGCACUGAAGGAAGAAGCAAUCACAUCUUUCAGACCACGUAUUCCCAAAAAAAUAACAGAUUUAACCACUAAAUUACAAAUGAAAAGAAUGGUAGAAGAUCUUGAAAGCGAAAUUGGUGAGAUGUUUGUUGUGAUGAAAAACGCUGGUUUAUCAACAAACGACCUUAACAUGAAAGCAAAAUUUGAAAAAGAAAUUGAAGAAAUAAAGUCAAAAUUAGCUAAAAAAGAAUCUGAAUUUUCUAAUGAAAAGAACCGUUUUCAAACAGAAAUCGGUAAAUUAAAGGACUUAACAAGCAAACUAGAAUCGGAUAAAAAGGAGAUCACCGGAAAAUUAAAAUCUUUAGAAUCAGAACACAACAACGUAAUAGCAGAAAACAAAACCCUCAAAGACGAUAACAGGAGUUCCGAAUCAAAAAUUUCAAAACUUAAUGCAGACUUGAAAAAUUCAUCAUCUCAACAAAUGGCCAUGUCAGAGUGUAUGAAGAAAAUCGAAGAACUAAAAAAAGAUAUGGACGCUAAAGAUAAAGAGAUUGAAAAGUUGAAGAAACAAGUUGAAACUCUAAACAAAUUGGAACAAGACAAAAACAAAUUGCUCAAGGAGGUUGGAGAUAAAACAAAAAAAAAUGUUGAACUGGAAAAGAAAUUGAAAGAAGCAGAAGAGAAAUGUAAACGUGUCGAAAAACAGUUAGCAACUCGUAAGGACCGCGUGACAAAAUUAGAAAAAGAACUGUCAGAAGAAAAGGAACAAGCUGAAGCAUUGUCCAAUUCUCACAGACGACUAUCCAUAGAGUUUAUAAGCGAAAAGGAUCAGUUCCAAACAAAACUGAUCCAAACCGAGAGCAAGCUUAUCACUCUGGAAACAGAGAUGAGAGAAAUAAAGUCAGACUAUGAAAGUAAAAUCACAAUUUUGGAGUCGACAAUAGCUGCCAAAGAGAUUCAUAUUAAACAGCUGGAGGACGCCCUAAGAGAAACUUCGAAUCAGAAAUAUGAUGAAGCCAUAUCUUCAGUAGAAAUGGCUCAAAUGCAAGACAAAUUAGAAAAAGCUACUAAAGAAUUGCAGGAGAAAGAAGACGAAUUAAGUACAACUAAACGCGAUCUUGAUAAAACGGAGAAAGAUCUCUCCACCCUACAGACUGAGACGUCUCAAUUAAAAUCUGAUAUUGCGAAAUUAGAAAAUGAAAGAAAAGAUCAAGAAAAUAAGUUACAAGCUGAAAAGAAGGAAUCCAGUUAUUGGGAAAGCAAGGCUUCAGAAAUGGAAACAGAUCUCCAGGCUGAACGCAAAAAACUGGAACGUAUGCGUGUUGCUCACGACAAAGAUAGUAAGAAUAAAGAAGCAGAGUUAGCAACUUUGAAGGGCAAGCUGAAAGUCCUCGAACAGACAUCGGGAGCGGGUGCGAAGAGGAUAGCUGAUCUCAAACAAGAAUAUGAAGAAUCUGUGAAAAAAUUAGAACAUUCGUUAGCAGUAGAAAAGGCAGAGUAUGACGAGCUGACGGGUAAAUACGAGUUAUUAGAAGAAGAACAUGUUGUGACUAAAGCCAGGCUGACAGUGGAAAAGGAACAGGCUCAAGGAGAACUAAUGCACGUCCAAAAAGAACUAAAUACAGCUUUAGCAAAUAUCAAAUCAAUACAAGACAAUUACAGUACCCAGUCUGCUGCGUGGCAGAAAGAAAAAGCAGAUAUGCAGAAUGAGAUCUCAACAUUACAAGAACGGCUAUGUGGCGGCGGUUGGGAAGUGGAGCGAGCGAGACUAAAUACGCGACUGGAAAAGAGCGAACGUGAACUGAAAACAACCAACGACCAGCUUGACGUCCUGACACAUCAUCACGACCAAGUCAAGAAAGAGUUAGAAGAAGCUCGGCAGAAAUUGGAAGACUAUGAAAAGGUGUCAAAGAUCCAGCGGAAUCUAACAGCUGACAACGUGGAGUUGGAAAGAGAGUUGUCUGCUUUGAAUAAUAGGUUGGAACAGGCGGAGAAGGCCAGGAAAGCGGAGCUCCUCGACACGAAGAUGAGAUACGAGGGCCAAAUGAACACUAUGAGGGACGAGCUCAAGUCUUUACAUAAUCAGGUUUCAAGGUUCAAACGAGAAAGAGAUAACUAUAAACAAAUGUUGGAUGCAGCCCAAAAAACGAUGGCUGAAAUGAAAAACGAGGACAAGGCUACUAGGAUGAAGAGGCACUCCAUAUCGAGCACUGACGAGGAGGAAUACCGCAGUAAACUGGCAACACUGGAGCAGCAGAUAGCGUGCCUGGAAGACGAGCUGUGCGAGUCGCGGAUGCUGGCGUCCAAACUCAACACAGAGCUUGUCAGCGAGAAAUCUGCUGCCGAAGUACGCUUCGCUGAGAUGCAGUCUCGGCUCAACGAGUAUGAAGAGGAGCGCCUGCUGUCCUCAGGCAGAGCCCGCGUGGCAGGACUGGCGACGAGGAUGGAGCUGGCGUGGCACAAGGAGCGGGACGAGCAGCAGCGGCUGCUGCAGGAGACCUCCACGCUGGCCCGCGACCUUCGGCAGACACUGUUUGAGGUCGAACGUGAACGCGACAAAGAGAGGUUAGAUAUGAAGAGAAGGAUAGACCAACUAAAGAGAACGACCGAGGAGGAAACAGAGGAAGCAAAGAAGAAAGUGACAGAGCUCCAAUGCGACCUACUGGAAUUGCGCGAUGCGCACGCAAAGCUACGCACAGCCAAUGAGAAGUUGAGGCGGGACAAAGAGAGACACGACAGAGAUAGAGACCAGAACAAAUUGCUAGUGGCUUCUUUGAAGCGGGCGCAGCAGGAAGAUGACCGAAUAAUAACGCAAUUGUUGGAGACCAUAGACGAUUUGAUGAAGCAAAGCCCUAAUUUGUUCCGCGCGGACACGGCCGUCAAGCCUGAAAAGUCUCUCAUGACGCCCACUCCACCGAGAAGAAAUAGGUCAUCAAAGUCGCGGUCGCGGUCGGCGACGCCGGAGAGCGCGGAAGCGGCUAGCGCGGCGGACGCGGCUGCGACGGCCGCGCGCCUGCGCAGGCUCACGGACGAGCUGCGCGCCUCCAGGAUCGCCGAGCGCCAGCGCCGGCACCAGGCCAGCGCCAGGCGUGCCAUGUCAACGGAACCUCGCGACACGUUGUCCGUAGCGCCGAUCAAUAGAACGCCGUCGCGCGCGCCUUCGCUCAAGAAACGCUCUGUCUCACUCGAACAAACUACUAAAGAACAGAGCCUAAUAUGGAAGUCAGUAGACGAAAGCAGCGUCUCAUCGAUGCAGUCUCUAGACGGCGACGACGUGCGGCUCUUCACAAUGCAGCGCGGUGAUUCCAGCUUAGACAGCCGCUUAUCGGGAGGAUCAGCGCAAAGCGACGUACUGCCCGCAGAUAAAAAGAAGAAGAAGAGCAUCUUCGGCAAGUUGAAGAAACUGACGAAAUCGCGCUCCAUUGAUGACCAGGUGGACUCCGACGCGGUAGAUUUCAGACCUAUAGGCACUGUAUCCCAGGGUUCUGAUUCCGAUAUGAGUGCAGCUGGGAGCAAAAGAGAUUUGCGAGGAAGACUUUCUGACAUGUUCAGCAGGAAGGGACAAAUGUCUCGUAGCAACAGCAAGGAGCAAAGUCCGGAGCGUCCGGCGAGUGCGAUGGCGAGUGUGGGCGCGCGGCCCAUGCUGCGGAACGCCAGCGCCGCCGCCCUCGCGCGCGCUUCGCCCUCCAACACGCUAACACCAAACAUGCGAGCGGCGAGCGCCACCCCUGCGGCUAAGAGGAAAGGGAAAUAAAUUAUAUUCGUGUUUCGCUUUUAAUCUAAUGUAUUUAUCCAUUUCUAUGAUUUUUCCACAUAGCAUGUAAUAUCACAAUACCAUACAUAUCAAUUAUGUAUAACUAUCGACGACACGUUAGCACUACACUAUAUGAUGAGUGAAGCGAGAAUGUGAAGAGUAUUUUAUGCACAACAUUUGAAAGAUCUAUAGUGAGCCGACCACGCUCGAUAGUUAUAUAGGUUAGUUGUGUUAGUCACAUUAUAUUCUGUACAGUGACGGCCUAAAGACUCCUAUGUCCUACGUCCUUAAUUUAUCCCUUAGCGACACGAAAGCGGCGCGCCGCGCCGCCUAAUUCUUUAACGAUGUUUGUAGUUAUGUACUUUCAAUUUUGUAAUAAAACUGUUGAUCGAA